AUGGUGGACCACCUUGGCCGGCCCGACAAAGAAAUCGACCACUCUUCGACAAUCGACAACACCGGCUCCGAGAGUGUAACGGACUCCAAUGUCCAAGAUGUCGAGAAAGCGGCGCCCGCUAAAGCUCCCGGACCAGCUGUCCAGGUUGUCGACGAUCCAGAUGUUGUGGACUGGGAGGGGCCCGAUGACCCGGCAAGGCCACUCAACUGGCCUGCCUUCAAGAAGUGGAAGAACAUCUUCGUCGUCUCCACCCUUACGCUUAUGACACCGUUCGCCUCGUCCAUGUUCGCUCCCGCUGUCCCGGAUGUCAUGAAAGAUUUCAACUCCACGAACAUCCUUUUGGCAGCGUUCGUUGUCUCGGUCUAUGUAGUCGGAUACGUCUUUGGACCACUGAUCGUCGGGCCCAUGUCCGAGCUUUACGGUCGGCUUUGGGUGUACCAUAUCAAUACCGGCCUGUUUAUCAUUUUCAACUUAGUCUGUGGUCUGUCAACGAACCUCGCUAUGAUUAUUGUGUUCAGAUUCCUGGCCGGCUUUGCAGGCGUUGCGCCAAUGACGGUGGGUUCAGGGACGAUCGCGGACCUGUUCAAGCAGGAAGAAAGGGGCAAGGUCAUGAGUACUUGGACUUUGCCAAUCCUGCUUGGCCCGACCCUGGGGCCUCUUGCUGGAAGUUAUAUUGGGGAAGCCCUCGGCUGGAGGUGGGACUUUUAUAUUCUGUCCAUUGCAGCCGCAGUCGCAUUCGCCGCUGCACUGUGGCUACAAGACGAGACCUAUCCUAUGACCCUCCUCGAGCGGAAAGCGAAGCGGUUGCGCAAGGAAACUGGAAACGAGAAAUUGCGAUCUAUCCUGCAGUCCACCAUGUCGCCUGGACGACUGUUCUGGACCAACAUUGUCCGGCCGACGAAAAUGCUCACUCUCUCGCCGAUCGUGUUCUUGCUGUCCUUAUACGUGGCCAUCAGCUACGGCUAUCUGUACCUGCUAUUCACCACCAUCACGGAGCUGUACGAGACGGUAUACGGCGUCUCCCGCGCCAACGUCGGCCUCACCUAUCUCGGCAUCGGCAUAGGCCAAUUCUUCGGUCUUUUCAUCUUCGGCGCCAUAUCCGACAAGACCCUGAAGCGCAUGGCCGAUGGUGGGGAAAUGAAGCCAGAGUACCGCUUACCGCCAUUAGCCUAUGGGGGCGUCUUGAUGCCACUAGGCCUCUUCCUGUACGGCUGGAGCGCCGAGUACAGAGUCCAUUGGAUCGUUCCCAUCAUAGGCACGACGAUCGUGGGGGCCGCGAUGAUUCUGAUCUUCAUGCCCAUCGGAACGUAUCUCGUUGACGCCUACACCCGGUACGCCGCAAGCGCCAUGGCGGCCAACACGGUGCUGCGAAGUUUGGGCGGUGCGUUGUUGCCACUGUGCGGAGGGCAGAUGUAUGAUGCGCUUGGGUACGGAUGGGGCAAUUCUCUGCUGGCGUUUCUUGCUCUUGGCAUGCUCCCCGUCGUCUGGGUAUUCAUGCGGUACGGCGAACGGAUACGGACGCAUCCUAAGUUCCAGCUGAACCUAUAA